UGUCAAGCCAAACAUCACUGCACUUAUACAGACGGGCCAUCGACUAUGACGAAAGCGCUGCAGCGAGACCACCAGAGCCACCCAAGAACAGCGCUGAUGGCUGGCAGUCGUCGGCCAGCAGCACUCGCGAGGCAGGACCAGCGUGCAGCGGCACAAGCAAUGGCUAUGAAGGAGCAGAUGAAGGGUCGCCAUCCUAUCGAACAAGAGAGCGUUCUGGUGGCAGGCAAAGUCAAGGCACCCCUUCCAAAUGAGCUCAAAAGGAGAAACGAUUCUCACCAGGCAAGGGAAUGCAUGAGCAGAAACCAUGUGCUCGUCUACGAUGCGAUAAUUAGACAUUUGAUGGAGAUUCAUCACAAAGGAAACGAGUACAGGCUGAACCUCACAGACUAUGUGCAGCAAAGCAUCGACAGUUCCGAGUUCAUUAAAAGGGAUGCCGAGCUCCAAUGCACCUUGUCGAAGCGUUGGCAAGAGCUCUCCAAUGAAAAAAUGGAGAACAACAUGCGCAUAUUACGGUUUGCUACUGUAGUUGCUCGUCUUUCAAGGGCAGACGAUUCGUAGUGGAUAUGUAGAGCAAUAAAUAAAGUGCAUAAG